GUAGGUAUAGGACUUUGUCAGAGGAGACGUCACUAAUUAGGUUGAUAGAAUCACGCAGCAAGGAUGCCCGAUAGACAGCAGAGGACAGCACCUCGAAGAAACAUUGCGCGCACACUCCCCUAUCGCCAGUAUUCACCAUCCUUGGCGGUCGUUGCACCAAAAGCGAAGCGGAACACUCCAAGAUCGCACAUAACCAGUCGUGUUGGCAACAGUCCAGGUGUGGUUGAUACUGGAGCCAUUGCAUGCACUUCUAAUCAAGCAAAGUAGACAAUCCAAUUGUGAUACCGGAUGACCCGGUUUCAAAACGCGCAACGAUAGCACCACCCCACUCGACUCUUCUGCACGUCAAAGAUAUCCCGCACAAAAGCAGCGGACUAACUUGCCCCAUUUGCUGGGAGAACACUGUUGAUGGCCUUGUUGCAGUUGGAUGUGGCCAUGUGUGUCAUCGACAGUGCUUCAGUCAAUAUAUCCGUCAGUAUUUCGAGUCGCGACUGCUGGCUUCAGGAAAGAUACAGAUCCCCUGCCCAAUGUGCCGAGCCGAUUGUAUUGGGCGGCUGGAGCGAUCUCAAUCCCACCAACCGUUGCAUUUUGUUAUCCGCCCUUGGAACGCCGAUACCUCAGUCACACGGAGUGCCCAUUCCAUCGCCGUUUACAUGGAGGGGAUACGCCUGUACGCCCAUCGCUGACUACUCUGCCUGGGCCAAUGACAUGGCUUUCAUAGACUUUGGUUGGAGAAUUGAUACGUACACCAGGUCAAGAGAGCCAUCGUUCUAUAGCUUGUCGCUAUGCCAGUCUUUCGCGCAUGUUCCAGUCUCACUUCUCUGCAAUUUGAAAGUUCUAGAUGUAUUUGUUUUUAAUAGCUUAUUCCGUAACUGUGGACUAAACAGAAUCCUAGCUGUCUUCUGGUCUUCUUCCGUCUUUUUCUGUCUCUUCCACAGUAGUCCUGACUCUUCCUGGAGCAAAUCUAAAGGGAGCAUAAUGACCUUGCCGGCAGUUGUCUUGCCCCACGAGGUGCACUAGGCCGGCUUAGGAAUAGUGAAUCUGUUUUGCGGAGAACCCCACAAACAUCAAUGAUCAUGCCUUCUAUUCACAUAACCCACAAAAAAUAAGAUUUAAAAA